AUGAAUUCUUCGACAGAUCCCCACGAAUACGAGCAUGAAGAAACAGUUAGAUUUAUACAACAAUUAGCUCGCACCGAUGGCACAUUGAGAUCGCCGAUCGAUUUGAAUAUCAGCCACAUGAAAGUCGUGAAUCUAAAUCCUAUACAGUGGCCCAGUUACAAUGUCACGCCAAAAAAAUUAAAACUUACCAACACUGGAUACACUGGUAAAACCUGGGAGCAACAUGCAACAUCUAAAUGCGUUCGCGUCCUUAGUGCAACGUGGCGCGAAGAAGAGCCGUACUUAUACGGUGGCCCUUUCGUCAGCAGCUAUGUCUUCUCGCAGCUUCAUUUCCACUGGGGCAAGACUGACAUGGACGGUAGCGAACACCACGUUGACGGUGGAAGGUCCCACUUUUAUUGCCUACCCAGCGAGAAAUAA